CUAGCACCCUAGCACCCAAGCACCCUCGCCUGGGUUUCAUGCCAGUCGGGCUUCUGCAUGGGCACCGCUUGGAAGCUCACCUAUCACAAAAUUGACUGCGAUAUUGACUAGUUUAUAUAUGCCCUUUAACCACCCGCUUGUAGCUCCUACUGAAGCUAUUGAAGUGAAACAGAGAGCGAAACCAACCUCGCAUAUUGCACUCCGUCCUCGCUGCCCCUCUUGCGAGCAAGCCUAUCAUUGUUAACUCCCAGCAUUACGGCUGCAUUUCUUUUUGACCAUAGGCUCCUCUAGCCGGCUGUUGUUUGCAAAUCUCCUAAGCAGGAAGCCCUGAUAGCUUGGAGCUUGGAGUAAAAGAUGUUUGACAAGUUGAAACAGGCGGUGGGGCUCCAGGAGCAAGAGGAGAAAGGGCUGGUCGGGCAAAUUGACGAGGCGAUGACCCUGAGCUGGAAGAACAGGCUGAUUGGCUUCGGGUGCUGCUUCGCAUUCGGCGUCCUCCUAACGUUGAUUAGUAUUCCCAUGCUGUGGACGAUGCAAAUUACAAAGUUUGCGGUUAUGUACAGUGUGGGCAGUGUGGUGAGUGUGAUGAGCACCCUGUUCCUGAUGGGGCCGGUCAAGCAGUUCCAGCGCAUGAUGGAGGAGAAGCGCAUCCUGGCCACCAUCGUGUACAUUGCUUCCAUUGCGGGCACCCUGGCAAUCGCUUUCACCACGCACAAUCCCGCGCUGUGUCUCAUCAUGCUGGUCAUUCAGCUGCUGGCACUCGUGUGGUACUGCGUCACGUGGAUCCCGGGUGGCCAGGCCGCACUCAAGAGCAUGAUCUUCCGCAGCUGAGCGCCUCGGGAGCGGGCUGAAGCGGACAGGCGGACAGGCGGAGGCGGAAAGGCGCCGGACCUUCCGCAAGCUGAGCGCAGUCGCGGGCUGAGGCGGGGGCUUGCGGCUGAGGCUGGAUUUUGGCGGGUUGCGGAGUUGGGGAGGAUUUGGGUUGGUGAGGGGCUUGCGCUUGUGACUCGCAGGUAAGGAGGGUAUCGAGGCAGCGGCUCGGACAGGAUGUAAGGUGACAAGGGGCCGGGAGGGAGCGCUGAUUGACACACUGUGCAUAUGUGUGGGGUGAUUAGCCGUUCUGACAAGUGACAACUGGUCGUGGCGGAUGGCUGCCUGUUGGGCAUGCAGCGCGCGCCUGGGGGCGUUGCUUUGAAAACCUCGCCGGCUCUAAUUUGCCGCGCUUUGUUGAUGUCACUCAGUGACUUACGACUUUCUGGAUACCCAGCCGCAUCAAGCGCGUUUCAUUUUCUAUCCAGUCUGCGGUCAGGCGGACAGUGGGUCAGUGGGGGGGGGGGCGUGCAUGUGCCGUCACGUUAUGCUGGUGGCGGCUGCGGUCAGGACUCAGGAGAGCAUGAGGAGCGCCUGUUGGUCGUAAUUCUAGUCGCGUUGGCUUGGCGGGCGCGGAGGUAAGAAGGCUGGACAUGAGGCAUGUGCAGCACUUAAGAGUGUACUGAAUUCGUGAGGGGCUGAGCGCUACUACGGCCGCAAGAGCCAUGCGUGAGGGGCCAUGCGGAGGUUGGUCGCUUUUACAGGUCAUCAGCACUCAACUGCCAUCCAAAUGAGCGUUGAGGCCCGUUCGCCAAGUUGGUUGAGCACCAACUUGCACAUGUAAUGCCGGGCUGUC